UACUGUCCAAAGACUUGAUAUUAAUGUUGUGCUAGGUAUCUUGAAAUGUCAUAAUUUGCUUUUAAAUUUAAAGAUUAUGUGUUUAAUUGCUUAUUUUAUGUGAGCAUGAUGGUUUAUUUGAUUCAUUUUAUUUUGUUCUGGAUUCAGCUUUUAUAUCAACUACUUCUAUAUCUGCCAACAUCAAUAAUGUCCCUAUGUUAAAUGGGACUAAUUUUAAGGACUGGAAAGAGAAUAUGAUGAUUCUCUUAGGCUGCAUGGAUAUAGACUUGGCUUUGAGAAUGCCCAAACCCGAUGAACUCAAUGAGCAAAGUACUCAAGAGGAUGAGGUUUAUUGGGGUAAGUGGGAACGUUCAAAUAGGCUAAGUCUUAUGAUCAUGAAGCGCGGCAUUCCAGAAGCUUUCAGGGGUGCGGUAACCGAUGAGGUUACUAAUGCCAGUGACUUCCUUGCGGAAAUUCAGAAACGUUUUGCCAAAAAACGAUAAGGCUGAAACGAGCACGCUUUUAGCAAGCUUGAUUUCAAUGAAGUAUAAAGGCAAGGGUAAUGUUCGGGAGUACAUCAUGGAGAUGUCUCAUCUUGCUUCAAAACUUAAGGCUUUGAAACUCGAGUUAUCUGAUGAUUUACUCGUGCAUUUGGUUCUCAUCUCUCUUCCUGCACAAUUUAAUCAAUUCAAGGUCAGUUAUAAUUGUCAAAAGGAUAAAUGGACUCUUAAUGAGCUCAUUUCAUUCUGUGUGCAAGAGGAAGAGAGAUUGAAGCAAGACAAGACCGAAAGUGCUCAUCUGGCUAGCAUUUCGAAGGAUAAGGGCAAACGAAAAAAUAAGGAUAAUAAGGUUGCUGCUUCUAAUGGUCCAGAACAAAAGAAACAGAAAGUUGAGGUAACAUGUUUCUUCUGUAAUAAGCCUGGACAUACUAAGAAGGAAUGUACCAAGUAUGCUGCUUGGCGUGUUAAGAAAGGGUUGCCUGAGUUACCGAAAACCAAGUGAUGCUGAAAGAUGCAUCUAUGUCGGAGACGGUCAGUCGGUAGAAGUAGAGGCAAUAGGGCACUUUAGAUUAUUAUUGAAAUCUGGUUAUUUUUUUGGAUUUAAUAGAUACUUUUAUUGUACCGUCUUUCAGACGGAAUUUAAUUUCAGUUUCUGUUUUG